AUGAGUCCCAGACCUGUCGAUCGCAGACCGAUCAUUAUCUCCGGACCAUCGGGCGUCGGAAAAGGAACACUAGCCCAAAAGUUAAUCGACAAGUAUCCCGAUACAUUCGCACUCACCGUAUCUCACACCACCCGAAGCCCACGAGUUAACGAGAUAGAUGGCAAGAGCUAUCAUUUCGUCUCGGCGACUACAUUCACCACUCUACUCUCCCAGGAUGCAUUCGUUGAACACACCACGUUCAAUAGCCACCAAUACGGCACCAGCAAGGCAGCUAUCACCGACAUAACGGAUAAGGGAUUAAUUGCUGUGCUGGAUAUCGAGAUUGAUGGCGUGCAGCAGAUCAGAGGGAAUUCCAGUAUCGAUGCGCGCUAUGUAUUUAUCAAGCCGCCUAGUCUGGAGGCUCUUGGUGCGCGAUUGAGAAGUCGUGGUACGGAGAGUGAAAUUGAUGUGCUGUCGAGACUUACGAGGGCUCGUGAUGAGAUUGAGUUUGCUGAGACGCAAGGUGUUUAUGGGAAGAUUAUUGUGAAUGAUGAUUUGGAGAGAGCGUAUGGGGAGUUAGAGGAGUUGAUGUUUCGAUAG